AUGGGCGGUGGUGAAAAGAAGAAGAAACAACUCUCCGGCGCGCAGAAAAGGAAGAAGAACAAGGAGAAAGAAGAGGCGAUGAAAGAGGCUCUGGCGGAUAUGGAGCGUUUAAAGCUUGGACCGACGAAGUUGUGGACGGGGUUGGUGUUGCAUCACAAGGAUGUAUUUGUAUCGCAUGUCUUGUCAAAAUUGAAUACGACAGAUCGAUAUUUCUUUGGAAUGGUGAAUAGUGAGAGUCGGGGUGUGCUUGAGUAUGCUGAGGUGAACGUAUCGGAAUUAGGUUGGUCUACUAUUGAAUGCUCAUCCAUUUCGACGCUGGAAUUGGUGUGGAAUCACAUGCCCUGGGGAAAGAAAGAUAUAGAGGGAGAUGUGGCAGAUCAAGCCUGGUUUUGCGUUCAAGUUGCUGGAACGAACAAACUCGAGUUGCUCGAGUGGGCGAGAGAAGUGAAACAUUGCGAGUGGAAUGCAAUGACGAUUGCUGCGGCAGCACUUAAAGGUAAUCUCGAGAUGCUAAAGUACUGCUUCUCUAAUGGUUGCCCGUGUGAUGAAAAAGAGGCGUGUGGACAAGCUACUCUUGGAGGACACCUCGACUGUCUUCGAUUUCUUUUCGACAAAGUGAAACCUUCGCGAAAGACGGAAAAAGAAGCGGCAAUACAAGCGGCAUGCGGUGGUCACUUAGACAUCUUGAAAUAUUUCGUCGAAGAAAGAAAAAUAUCUGAUGCAGUAAAGCUCGACUGUGUGUUAUCCACUGCAAACUAUGGCCAACUCGAUUGCCUCAAAUACUUAGUCGAAGAGGCGAAAAUGCCUCUUGACAACUGGCUCUGCGUCGCUCUCGCUCGUUACUACGAGCAUACCGACUGCCUAAACUACUUGCUCGAAAAAGGGUGCCCGGAACCAACGGACGAAGAAUACGCUAAAGUCGUCGAGCAAAAAAAACGAGAAGAACUGGGCAUCCAAGCGUGA